AUGGCGAUUGCCAGGCCGGGUGCCUCCGCCCCCCGCAGUUUGCGCGACUACACGAAGUCUCUGGCACGGCUGCGGCCGCAGAAGCGCUGGCGGCACGCCUUAGCGUUGUUGGAGCAACUGGGCUGGGCGCAGCUAGACGUGGUCUGCUGCAACGCCGCCCUCGGGGUGUGCGCUGCGGCAGGGCGAUGGCAGCAGGGCUUGGACCUGCUGCAGGACAUGGGCUUGCACGCCAUCGUCCCCAGCGUUGUCACCUUCAGCACCCUGGUCUCUGGAAGCCCCUGGCAGGCUGCCUUGGCUCUGCUGCAGAACGCAGAAGAGCGGGCCGUCCUGCCAGACACCAUCCUCGUCUGCUCCACGGUGAGCGCCGUGAGCUGCCAGUGGCCUUGGGCGCUGCUCCUGGCGGAGUCGAUGCACCUUUGGGCCUUGGCGCCCAGCCUGGUGGCCUACAACGCCGCUCUCAGCGCAUUGGCGGCAGAGCUUUGGGAGAGGGCUCUGGGCUUGUUCAGCAAGCUCAGCUCAGACCUCCAGCUUGAUUCCAUUUCCUGCGGCGCCACCAUGAGCUCCUUCUCGCCAGCCAUGUGGCAGGAGGCCUUGGACCUCUUGUCCCUCACUUCGCUGCGGCGGCUGCAGCUCAGCGCUGGAACCCCAGAGCCAUGA